AUUUGAUGCUCUCCUCUUUCACGAUCUCAAUCGUCGCUUUCUGAGUCGGCCAUUGAAACCAUAGAACUUCUAGAAUCGAUCGAAGGAACUAAGCAGCAGAGCAAACAUGAAGACCAUGACGCCGUUGAAGCAACUCAAGCUCUCUGUGCCCGCUCAAGAAACCCCAAUUACCUCCUUCCUGACUGCGAGUGGUACAUUUCAUGACGGUGAUCUGCUCUUGAACCAGAAAGGGUUGCGGCUCAUCUCUGAAGAAAAGGAGCCCCGACCUUCUGACAGUAAGGAGCUAGAUUGUGAAUUCUCAUCAGAAGAUCUUGAGACUAUCAAAGUUAUUGGAAAGGGAAGUGGUGGCGUGGUACAACUAGUUCGCCAUAAAUGGGUCGGAAAAUUGUUUGCCUUGAAGGUUAUCCAGAUGAACAUACAAGAAGAUAUUCGUAAGCAGAUUGUGCAGGAGCUGAAAAUAAAUCAAGCAUCUCAAUUUUCAAAUGUUGUAGUUUGCUACCAUUCUUUCUAUCACAAUGGAGCCAUUUCUCUUGUGUUAGAAUAUAUGGAUCGUGGGUCUCUGGCAGAUGUGAUCAGACAAGUCAAAACAAUUCUUGAACCAUAUCUUGCAGUUGUUUGUAAGCAGGUUUUACAAGGUCUUGUGUACUUGCACCAUGAAAGACAUGUAAUCCAUAGGGACAUUAAACCAUCCAAUUUGCUGGUAAACCACAAAGGGGAGGUGAAGAUUACAGAUUUUGGAGUGAGUGCGGUUCUAGCUAGCUCUAUGGGUCAAAGGGAUACGUUUGUUGGAACUUAUAACUACAUGUCGCCGGAGAGAAUUAGUGGGAGUACUUAUGAUUACAGCAGUGAUAUUUGGAGUUUGGGCAUGGUAAUACUUGAGUGUGCAAUUGGACGCUUCCCUUAUAUGCAAUCUGAAGAUCAGCAAACCUGGCCAAGCUUCUAUGAGCUUUUGGAAGCAAUAGUGGAAAGGCCACCACCUUCUGCUCCAGCAGAUCAGUUCUCCCCAGAGUUCUGUUCAUUUGUCUCAGCCUGCAUACAAAAGAAUCCUCGCGACAGAUCAUCAUCUUUGGAUCUUUUGAGUCAUCCUUUUAUCAAAAAGUUCGAAGACAAAGAUAUUGAUCUGGGAAUUCUUGUUGGUAGCCUGGAGCCUCCUGUAAGUUUCUCUCAUUAGUUUUGUCCUGUAAUAUUAUAUUUUGAGUGUAAAAUAUAUCAGUCAUCUGUUUUUGUCAAACAUAUUAUGGAUUAUCAUGGAGCACAGCUUGAGCAUAUGAUCUAUAGAAUUCAACUUCACAUUACAAGGUCUGAUAUCCAAUUUGUUACUAGUCUACAGAAAAUAUGAUGGAAGUUCUAAUGAAAUG